UGGUUUUUCUGGCCGUCCAUUUUUUCUAUUUUUAUUCCUAUAGUAGUUUAGAUUCUUCAACCGAUCAAGCAUCUACACGGACUGGAUCGAGUUCUGAUACUGAAAUUCUGCUCCCACAACCUUGAUGCUGGCAAAAUUGUCCCAAUGGACAGAUGCCAUAAGAACCAAAAACUGAACUGAACUGAACUGAUAGCCCAUGUUGAGCUAAAGAUAUAAUAUUAUUAUUUACUACAAUAUUUUACAUAAUUUGUUACAUUGUUUGGUUGCUGUACGAAUAAGAGUACUUCUAAAUCACAACUUAUGAUGUUAUGCUGAUAUUCACGAUUAACGGGAAUCAUGGACACUCAAGGCGGAGAAAUCCUAGACCCAUCAUGGAUGCGGCUGGAGGGUGAUUUCGAUGAGCAGGUGGCCUGCCUGUUCCGCUAUGUGCGGCUGUCCCGGGAGGAGGUGGAGAGCUUCCGCUGCCUGUUCCGAGACGUUGAGAAUACAUUGAGGACACAGUGGCCAGGCUGUGAAGUGAUCCCAUUCGGGUCCGUGGUGACGGGCAUGGGCAUCAAGACGAGCGACGUGGACUGCUACGUGCACGUCCCCGUGUGGUACCGCAUGGCCGGCGACAACCUCGUCAUCACCGCCCGCAACAUCCUCCGCCGCCGACCCAACAUCUUCGCACAACUCUUCGCCAUCGCCCAAGCUAAAGUCCCCAUCGUCAAGUUCCUCCAUACCCCCACUCGGACCAACUGCGAUCUAAGCUUCAAAAGCCCGUCAGGCGUCAGAAACAGCAAGCUGAUAUGCUAUCUACUCCACUCGGACAGAAGAGCGCUCGAUCUCGCCAUACUAGUUAAAUACUGGUCCAAGGCUCACAAUUUAACCGGCACGAAUUUAAUGCCAAAUUACGCUUUAACGUUACUAGUAAUCUUCUACCUCCAACACAUAGGAAUAUUACCCCCCGUGUGUGAUUUACAGAAGCUCGUCCCUUAUGAUUAUGUCGACAAUUGGAAUACUGCGUUUGAAGAACGCGAGCAUAGGAGCAACAACGAACGGUCGCUGCUGCAGAUCUUAGGCGGUUUCUUCUCCUACUACGGCAGUUACGACUUCGAGAACAGUAUAGUAUCUCCGUUCCUCGGGUAUCCUAUAGUCCGGGAAUGUUUUAAGAAGUUAAAUGAUGUGCCGGAAGAAUUUGAUCUGUAUAAAGAUCUGUACAGAAAUGGGAUGUGUCAGCCGCUCAAGUUGGAUACGCCGAUGUGCGUGCAGGAUCCGUUCGAUCACAGUCGGAACUGUACUGUGGGGGUGUUCUUCAAGUUGAGCCGGAAGGUAUGUUCGUAUUUGAAGUUGGCGGCUACUCUGUAUUCUAGUAAGCCGAGCGAGGAGUAUCUGCAGGCGCUGCUGCUGACGCGCGCGGCGGGGGCGCCGAGCGUGGUGGCCGCCAAGGCCAAGCUGCAGAACAAAGUGAGGAAGCCGCAGCAGACCCAGGGCUUCAACAAUUUGAAGAAGGCUGUGAGGAACAACAUACACGCCUUGUAUGAGCACAUUAAUAAGAAAAGGGGGAAACGAUAGCUUGCUCAUAAUUCAUUAUUGAUUUAAUAGUGGUUUGAAUUGAUGAUGUGUUUUUUUUACGUAAUACUUAUAAUUGUCUUGGAAAAAUGUGUUAUAUAAUUUUUAGACUGGAGUCAUGUUGAAAGUAAGUGUUGUAUGUAUACGUUUUUACUUUGUCUCGAUGGCUCUCGUUUUAGAAUAUUCUAUUAACCGCUUGGAUAAUUUGGAUAUGUUUUACUACAAAAUUGUACUCUUUUCAAUGUAGUAAAUGUCUUUUAACUUUAACUUAGUCUGCAUUGACAAGAGAUUUUUACAAGUUGACUUUAAAUAAAAUUUAAUUAUCAUUGUGAAUGAUAUGCUACAUGUGAUGAUUGAUAUUGUUUCUAUUUUAAAAAUAGAUUAAGCUAAAUCACAUUCUUUAAAAUGUGGCAUCUCAAUCAAUUGAUGGA